AUGUCGUGUGUGACCUCUUCCAGAGUUUUCGCGCCUUCUGCCAAGCUUCUCUCCGGCUUCAACAAGAACAAUGUCAAUUUCUCAGUGUCAAGCGCUCCCUCUUCCUUCUUCAGCAACCUUUUCUCUUCGUCUGCGUCAUUUCCGAGACUCGUUGGCUGCGGGAAUAGUAUGAAUAGCUUGGAAAGCAGAAGACUGGUUAGCACCGGUUUGCGUUGUUCUGCUGCCCAGCAAUCGGGGAACUCGGCUUCAGUCGCCUCUCUGGGUAGGGAUGACUCUGAUGAGAGAGUGGUCGUAUUGGUGAUUGGUGGAGGAGGAAGAGAGCAUGCACUUUGCUAUGCACUAAAGAGAUCCCCCUCUUGUGAAACUGUCUUCUGCGCCCCGGGAAACGUGGGAAUUUCCAGCUCUGGUGAUGCCACUUGUGUUCCUGAGCUCAAUAUUGCUAAUAGUUCAGCAGUAAUCGACUUCUGCCAUAAACGGGGUGUUGGGCUCGUGGUGGUGGGGCCAGAGGCACCUCUAGUUGCUGGGCUAGCAAAUGAUCUGGUGAAGUUUGGUAUUCCAGUGUUUGGUCCAUCGGCAGAGGCUGCUGCUUUGGAAGGUUCCAAGAACUUCAUGAAGAGUAUAUGUGACAAAUAUGGAAUUCCUACUGCCAAGUACAAGACAUUCAGACAUCCAGUGCCUGCUAAACACUAUAUUCAAGAACAAGAGCUUCCAAUCGUAAUCAAAGCAGAUGGAUUGGCUGCUGGAAAAGGAGUAAUAGUUGCGAUGACCCUAGAAGAGGCUUAUGAUGCUGUCGACUCAAUGCUUGUCGAUGAAAUGUUCGGACCAGCAGGCUCUCAGGUCAUCGUCGAGGAGUUCCUUGAGGGAGAGGAAGCAUCUUUCUUUGCCCUGGUGGAUGGAGAGAAUGCCAUUCCGCUGGAGUCUGCCCAAGACCAUAAGCGAGUGGGUGAUGGAGAUACUGGACCUAACACCGGCGGAAUGGGAGCUUACUCUCCUGCUCCUAUAUUGACGAAGGAGCUGGAGUCCAUAGUUAUGGAUAGUAUAAUACUUCCUACUGUGGAAGGAAUGGUGGCAGAGGGUUGCAAGUUCGUUGGAGUUCUGUAUGCUGGAUUGAUGAUUGAAAAGAAGUCUGGCUUGCCCAAAUUGAUCGAGUAUAACGUGCGGUUCGGAGACCCUGAAUGCCAGGCAUUGAUGGUUCGACUGGAAUCCGACCUGGUACAAGUCCUGCUUGCUGCCUGUAGAGGCGAACUGAGUCAAGUAUCCCUCGAGUGGUCACCUGGCUCGGCCAUGGUUGUAGUGAUGGCGAGCAAUGGCUAUCCCGGUCCAUAUGAGAAGGGAACCGUGAUUCAGAACCUCGAAGAAGCUGAAAACGUCGCUCCAACAGUCAAGAUAUUCCAUGCAGGCACUGCUCUCGACUCGAAUGGCAACUUGGUAUCUGCCGGUGGCCGUGUUCUUGGAGUCACUGCCAAGGGAAAUGAUCUGGCGGAAGCAAGGGAGAGAGCUUAUCAGGCUGUCGAGAAAGUCAACUGGCCAGGCGGGUUCUACCGGCGAGACAUUGGGUGGCGGGCGCUUCCCCUUCCGGUUCAACCGAACCUAUGGUAA